GCAUUUUGGUGGAUGGCUAAGUCCAGGAGAAGCAAGUAUGGUAGCCUAGCUUUGGCUAAAGAAGUUGUCUUUCAAAUUUCUUGGUCCUCAACCUCGCUUUUACUUCAACUUUUUGAGUAAACCCGCUGUUAGAGAUGGACAACAGUCAGCAGACCAAAGACCUCAUAGAUCGACCCGGCCUGGUUUCUGAGGAGGGCAAGAACAUCAAGUCUGUGGUGUGUCAACGCUGCGGGUCCAAGGUGCUGUGCCCCGGGAUGGCUAUGCUUAAAGAGAAGGAGCUGUUCCUACCAUCCAUGCGGAAAAAGAGCGGCCUCAGCAGCACAGCAGAGGGCACAGUGGAUGGGGACACUCUGACUGCCCACUGGUUUGUGGAUGACAUGUACACUUUUGAGAACGUUGGCUUUACAAAUGACGUGGGGAGAAUCAAGUACCUCAUCUGUGCAGAUUGUGAGAUUGGACCAAUCGGCUGGCACUGUUUGGAUGACAAGAAAAGUUUCUAUGUGGCUGUGGAGCGAGUUAAUCAUGAAUAGUGUGAAUACAAAUAUGAGACCAAGAGAACUUUAAAAAAUGUGUUGGUAGGAUUUUCAUCUUUUUCUGGAUUUUUUUCCAAGAGGUGAUCCCAACCUAAUCCAUUACCUUUUACAUUAACUGCCAUGUGUUCAGUGUUUAUGGUAAGAACAGUCUCCUUCAUUCUGUCAACAGUGUAACCAACCAAUAAAGACUUAUGGAAACUGAUGUUAAAAUUAAUUGGACAGCUAUUUCAUAUUUAAUUUCUUUUUAAAAUCAUUUAUCUCAAUAAAUUUUAACUUAUCAAUAGAUGAGUUCUGAAAUGAUUAGAAAAUGGUUUCAAUUAUAAAUUCAAAUACUGAGACAUGAAAAAACAAGCUUUUGCUUUUAUCAGUCAACCAAUCCACCAUGAGUUGAAUAUUUGACAACAUUUAGCCAAGAUACAUUUGCAAGGCAACCCAUAAAGGAGCCUCACAUGUGUAAACAUUUCUGCUUUCUUCAUUUCAGAAUUUACUUGUAAGUUGUCUUUUUAUCUUAUAUGUUAAUAUUGAUUUGAAGAUUAGUUGUUUGAGCUCCAUCAGCUUGUAACCAUCAUUUUCUUUUUAACAUUUCCACAUUCAUCUCUGAUACCUGGAUAUCUAGGCUGUAUAAUAUAUGUUGGAUGCGUAUUUUGCUUGGAAGCUGCUUGGUAAAAUCUUUUAAAUUCACAGAGGACUUUUUAAAAAUCUCGUCAAAAACUGGGAAGCACUAUGUAUUAUAGCCCUUAAAAAAGUUACACAGUGUUGAGGAAAAAAAUCAAGUGUGUACUAUCAGCACAGUAUUGCACUUCCUGUUUGUUAUAUGCAACAAGUUAUAGGCUGAUAUUCAACCUGCUUUAUUUCAACAGGUAUGAUACUAUAAACAGUAUUUACUACUUAAUGCAUUUUUUAAAAACAUUUUUAAAGUUUUCAGUUUUGAAACUCUCAUCGGUCAAACACAUGUUCACUAAAUUCAAAUACUAGAUGAAAGAAAUCUCACCUUAUCUAAAUAAGUUAACGGCUCAGAUGGACUUCAAGUCAAGUGUGCAGGGAAAUGUAUCUGUAUUAAUGAUUGCUGAGGUCUUUGUUUAGUUUAAGGUAAAAUACAAUGGUAAUGUUAAAGCAAUUUUUAGUAUGUGUAUAUUAUUAAUAUUCCUUUCAUUGGCACAGUAUGUCCCUAUUACACUGGCUAAUAUAAAGACAUCCUAACAUGUUUUGUGAAUUUCACAGUUGAAAAAAGGGUUUAUGGUUUGUUUGAUAUGGGUUAACCUGCUUUUCAAAGCCCAAAUAUUUCAGUAAACCAGGAUGUAGGUGUACUGGUUGCCACUAGAUGUCAUGAUUUCAGUGUUGUAAUAUCUCAUACCUGAAUGAAUAAUGUGGUCUUUGUCGUUUUGUGUUUGUUGUGCACCUGUCAUACAGGCGCUUUCUCCAGCUUGUCAAUUGAAACCCACCGAAUUAUUAGUGUUUGUUUACUGUCCUCCCAAACAUAAAAACUAUGAUGGAUGCGA